CCUAAGGUAAGCUAAAUACAAACAGAAACUAACGUUGAUGAUAACAAUGAACAGAAAUCUAGCACCACAGUAGGGAGAUACCAUGGAUGCAGAUCUUUCUCCACUAAUGGCACCCUCAGGCCUCUUGCCUGCUGUGUCUUUGCUAGAAUCAUUGCUCCACAUAUGCAAUGAAGUUACUUGCAUGGAAAAGCUUCCUUCUGUACAGAUUAGGAACGCUUCGACCAUGAUUCGAAGGAUAACGAUUCUUUCUUCUUUGUUUGAAGAGAUUCUUGAAAUAAAUAGACCACUUCCACCAUCUGCAAUCCUUUGUCUCGCCGAGAUUUUCUCUGUGUUUCGAAGGGUGAAGUUUUUGAUCCUAGGAUGCAAGGAUGGCAGCUGUCUGUGGGGCCUUAUACAGACUCAGUUCGUUUCAAAUCAAUUUCAUGUUCUGGUGAAGGAGAUGGGGAGGGCACUCGACAUUCUACCUCUAAGCUUACUUAAUAUCACGGCGGACACUAGAGAGCAAGUUGAGCUGCUUCACAAGCAGGCAAAGCGGGUAGAUUUAUUCAUUGACCCUCGAGAACUUCAAAGAAGACAAGAGCUUCUGCAAAUAAUGGCCAAUGAAAAGAAGAACAACAACAAUCGUUUCGUUGACUUUGGAAAAGUCAAAGAGACUUUGAGCUGUCUUGGUUUGAGAAAUCCAUUCGAAUAUGAAGAAGAAAUUUUAAAGCUAGAGGUUGAAGCCCAGAAGCAGGCAGGAACGGGUGGACUAAUAGCCAGAUCCAACAUAGACAAUCUCAUAUCCCUUGUUUCAUAUUCGAAGUCGAACAUUUUCGAUGACGAAGAAAGUGAGAAAGCCAAACAACACCAUACAUCCAUUGGUAGGAAUUAUGAUACUUGUUCGUCUUCUCAAUCUGUUGUUCCUAAUAUUCCUGAUGAAUUUCGUUGCCCGAUAUCACUAGACUUGAUGAGAGACCCAGUGAUUAUAGCAUCUGGGCAUACUUAUGACCGAAAUUCAAUUGCCCAGUGGAUCAAUUCGGGGCAUUAUACCUGCCCAAAAAGCGGGCAGAGGCUACUGCACAUGGCCCUCGUACCUAAUUAUGCACUGAAGAGUCUAAUGUAUCAAUGGUGCCAGGAGAACAAUGUCCCAUCAGAUGAAGAUAAGGCAUCAUCUUUCUUAGACUCGGACAGUAAGAACAGCAAAGGAAAACUGUGUGAUAAUGCUGUCGAUCACCUUUCUGCUGCAAAAGCGGGUGUGGAUGCUGUCAAAAUAACGGCCGAGUUUCUAGUGGGGAAACUAGCAACUGGUUCGGUAGAAAUCCAGAGGCAGGCAGCGUAUGAGCUGCGUUUACUUGCAAAAACAGGCAUGAAUAAUCGCGGUAUAAUUGCUGAGGCAGGAGCCAUUCCAUUUCUGGUGACAUUACUAAGUUCCUAUGAUCCUAGAAUCCAAGAAAAUGCCGUCACUGCCCUACUUAACCUUUCCAUCUACGAUAACAAUAAGAUACUAAUAAUGGCAGCUGGAGCAAUCGACAGCAUAAUAGGUGUUUUAGAGUCGGGGAAAACAAUGGAGGCAAGAGAAAAUGCCGCGGCAUCUAUCUUCAGCCUGUCGAUGAUAGAUGAUUUCAAGGGGACGAUUGGUGCCCGUCCUAGAGCCAUUCCGGCCUUAGUCGGGCUCUUGAAAGAGGGCAGUACAGCCGGGAAAAAAGACGCUGCAACAGCACUCUUUAACCUCGCAGUCUAUAAUCCUAACAAGGCCAGUGUUGUGGUUGCUGGCGCGGUUCCUGUGCUCGUUGACUUGCUGAUGGAUGACAAGGCAGGCGUAACUGAUGAUGCCUUAUCAGUGCUCUCUCUCCUUUUGGGUUGCUCUGAAGGGUUGGAGGAGAUCAGGAAGAGUAGAGUUCUGGUGCCUCUCCUUAUUGAACUUCUCCGAUUUGGGUCUCCAAAAGGAAAGGAGAAUUCAAUAGCUCUUCUACUGGGCCUAUGCAAAGAUGGAGGAGAGGAGGUUGGAAGGCGUCUUCUACUUAACCCACGAAGCAUUCCUUCCCUUCAGAGUUUGGCUGCUGAUGGGUCCCUGAGAACUCGAAGAAAGGCCGAUGCACUGCUUAGAUUACUCAAUAGGUGUUGCUCUCAGUCUCCCAAUUCAGUUUAA